UAUCACCACGAGGGUGGGAUUUCCUUAAAUCGUUCACUUUCCGGCCUCUCCUCCAUUGAAGGGCACCAGUUUGCUUGGAUCAGCAGAUUACACACAGAAAUCAUGGGUGGACACGACGCUGGAACUCAACACCAGUUCACUGGCAUCGCCAAGUACUUCAAUUCAUACACAAUCACAGGCAGGAGGAAUUGUGUGUUGGCCACAUACGCCAGCAUUGCUGCCAUUAUCCUCUUCUUCAAAUUGAAGCCCAAGAAGCAAAAGGCUGUGACAUCAAGUUAAUUUAUAGUAAGAUGUUUUGUGAAUGCAGAAUGAACGGAGGGCAAGCUGGAUGUCCUUGUUUUGACCAUAACUUCAGUUCAACUAUGUAAAGAAUAAAAAAAAAAAAAUCACUUGUACCCAACAAA